GGAACGGGAACCCUCCUCCACCCAGUCGCCUCCCUCCCUGCCUCCCGCUCGGAAGUGCAGUCGGGCCGCAGCGAUGGAGGAUUGCAGCCCGGGAGAGAAGGAGCUGCUGCGGGCUAUCGACGAGCUGUCCCGGGGCGGCCGGGGCAUCCUGGCGGCGGCGAGGGAGGAGAGCGGCGGAGCAAGGGCCCAAGAGUUUGUCUCCCUGAAGAUAGGCCGCCUGGCUGGGCUGAUUCAGCUGCAUGCAAACUUUUUCAACAACUUGAAUGUGCGGAGGAGAAGUGAUGUUGAAGAUUUGUUCAAAAAGUUUUACCAGUCUACCGCUGUGCGGGAUCAGGUGGAAGACUUGAUGAAGUUCGAGUUGGAGUGGAACAAUUUCCUGGGUGACGUGGAUAAUCAAAUAGAAGCAAACGCGUUCCAGGCCCAGCUGAAAUUGGGCACACAGGUCCCUGGAUGCAUGAAGCUCACUGAUGUGAGAAGUGGAAGAGAAAUUCAACUCGAAGAGUUCCUCCACCGUCGGGAGAAACUGCUGCUGGUUUUGCUGAGGCAUUUUGCCUGACUACCGUGACGCGAUCACCUGGUACAACUACAGGCGCAACAGAGCUGCCUUGAUGUUGUGCCCCUGAAAGUCCUGCUGAUCUCAUUUGGAUGUAAAGAGGGAGCUGUCCAAUGGCUUCAGGAGACCAAAUGUUCCUACGACAUGUUGCUGGAUCCCAGUCGGCAGUUGUACCAUGCGUUUGGUUUGGGAAUAUCUGUUAAAAAGGUGUGGAACAUUGACUUGAUUACUUAUUAUGCAGAGCAAUUAGUCAGCAAUCGGACCUUACCCAAAAAAAAUCACAACGUUGCCGAUGACCCGCACCAGCUUGGCGGUGACUUUGGUUUGGAUCAACGAGGAACAGUCAUUUUCUUCCAUCCAAGCGCCAGUCCAACAGACCGACCUGAUGUAUCAGAAAUACUGAAAGUCAUGAAAUAAUGCUGAUUCUGUAGAGUAGCAAGAAGCCUGAGGUGGGGGAAAGAAACUAUUUAGCUGUUUUAAUAACUGUGAUUCUACAUUCCUGCUCUUUGCAAAAUGAAUACACACAGGACAACACACCGUGCAAAUGAUAAGCAAUAAUCUAAUACCUUAAAACAGCAAGCGCUCUACUUUGUUCAUUUCACAUGACCGGCUGUAAUUAGGGAAUGACAUUCCAGGGAAAUUGAAGACAAAAUCGUGCAUGGAAUUGGAUUUGGUUUGUUUCUCCAGAGCUUCCUUGCUUUAACAGGGCUAGGCAGAAUCACUUGAGAACACUGCCUGGUGGAAAAUCAACUGUUUUGAGAAAUGUGGGGUGAGAUCACACAUUCAUAACAAUAUUCUGUCCCUUACUGAAUACUAAAUGGCAAGGAUACAUUGAAAUUAAAUAUCUUAGGAACAUUUUGAGUUAAAACCCAAGGGUUUCAAAAUGAAAAAAUGUGCUUCCAAGAAAUAAAUUUAGAAUAAAAAAUGGUGGCAUUACAUUGGAUCUGAUCUGGGAAGGAACAAGUUCCAUUUUCAGCUGAAUGGACAUGGAAAGUUUUGUAAUUUUUUAUUUUCUGGUCUCUCUUGAAGUAGUUGUCAGGAUCUGUGUGUGUGUUUAGUGGGGUAUGUGGGAGUACCAAGCGAUGCUUCCGGUUGCGGUGAGAAGGGAGUCAGUUUUAAGUGGAUGACAGUCGUGCCAUCACUCAGAAUAUCUGAAUGGUACUGCUUGAUAUAACUGUAAAACAGACACUGGCUUCACCUUGCAACAAGUGUCACCACAAAAGUAUAUAAGUUGUGAAUGAUAACUGAAGGAUGGAAUUAUAUAUAUUAUAAAAAAACAAAUAAA